AUGACCGCAUCUAAGAUUCACAUUGACUGGGAUAAGGUCGCCCAUCCCGACCUUGUUUUGGCCCGUUUUCCAAGCCGUAGGUCUGUUGUCUAUAGUACAAAAGGCAUCGUUGCCGCUUCCCAGCCUCUGGCCGUUGAGGCUGGCCUGGAAAUUCUUCGCAAGGGUGGAAAUGCAGCUGAUGCAGCAGUCGCGACCUCAGCUGCUCUCAAUGUCUCUGAGCCCAGUUGUUGCGGGAUUGGAGGCGAUGCGUUCUGCUUGUUCUACGAUGCGAAAAGCAAGACUGUCAAGGCCCUCAAUGGAUCUGGCCGCUCGCCACGAAAAUUGACACUUGAAUAUGCUCGCCAGCGUGGGUUGAAUGGUCGGGCAAUUCCUCUCACGGAUCUCAACUCGGUCACUGUCCCUGGCGCAGCUGCGGCGUGGGUUGACACAGUUGAACAACUAGGAAGUGGCAACGUUACAGUGGCUGAUGUUUUAGCGCCGGCAAUCCGUUUAGCUGAGGAAGGGGUUCCUGUUUCGGAGAUCCAUGGUCUCUCAUGGCAGAAGUCCGAGCAACUGAUCAAGAACGCCUCUCCAAAUGGAGAUGAAAUGCUGCUGAAUGGCAGAGCACCUCGUCCGGGGGAAAUCAUCAAACUACCCAACCUCGCACAAACGUUCAGAGAAGUAGCAACACAUGGGAAAGACGGAUUUUACAAGGGCCGGGUUGCCGAGUCCAUUGUAGAACUCAUCAAGAGCAAAGGAGGAGUAAUGGAGCUUGAAGAUCUUGCACAGCACAAAACUGCUUUUGUAGAGCCUAUCAAGUACACCUAUGCAAACGAGGUGACCCUAUAUGAGUGUCCGCCAAACGGCCAAGGACUAACGGCUCUGAUUGCAUUGGGAAUCCUAGAAAGUCUACAAGAGCAGGGUAUUGUGCGGCCUAUUCUUGAAAUGGAGCACAACUCGGCAGAGUAUCUUCACGUCCUAAUCGAAUCUCUUCGCGUUGCGUUCGCAGACACGCAGUGGUAUGUAGCAGAUCCAGACGUGGAGCAUGUUCCCAUCGACAAACUGUUGAGCAAAGAAUACUUGGCUUCGCGAGCGAAACUUAUCAAUCCUCUUAAGACGAACCCAGAAGUUGUUCAUGGGAACCCCGCGAACCACUCUGACACUGUCUACUUCACAGUCGCUGAUCAAUGGGGAAACGCGUGUAGCUAUAUCCAAAGUAACUAUGCUGGUUUUGGGACUGGAGCCAUACCGAAAGGAUGCGGUUUUACGCUCCAAAAUCGCGGAAGCGGUUUUGUACUUGAUGAAAAUCAUGCAAAUUCUUUGCGGGGAGGCAAACGUCCAUACCACACUAUUAUCCCGGCCAUGGCUCUUCGAGGCGACGAACUAUUCCUUAGUUAUGGAGUGAUGGGAGGCUUCAUGCAGCCACAAGGCCACAUACAAGUUCUCCAAGGGAUGCUGAGGGGCUUUACACCGCAAACAGCUUUAGACUCGCCCCGUUUUUGUAUCUCGGCUGGCAGUCCAGAUACCCAAACGAAGGAGACCGGAAACGCGGGAGACAUCAACAGCGAAGUAUAUAUCGAGGAGGGAAUACCGGCGGAGACAGUGGAGAAACUUCGAGCGAUGGGCCACGAUGCUCGAGUUGCCACCGGUUUUCAAAGGGGCAUGAUGGGACGGGGACAAGUCAUCCAGAAGCUAGCUGACGCUUCAGGUCGGUUUGUUUGGGCAGCAGGAUCUGAUUUGCGAGCGGAUGGACACGCAUCACCACAGAUUUAA